UAUAUAUGUAUAUCCACUCCCAGAUAAACAAAUAGCUAGAUUUUCUUCUUUUCUUUUUCCUCUGGAUCGGCCAUGGAUGACGAUGCAGCAAUCAAGAAAACGUUGGGCCGGAGGAAGAUCGAAAUCAAGAAAAUCGAGAAGAAAACGAGUUUGCAAGUGACAUUCACGAAACGUCGAAUGGGUUUGUUCAGAAAAGCCAGUGAACUCAGCGUUCUAUGUGGUGCGGAGAUUGCGAUCCUCGUGAAGUCACCGGCGGAAAGGAUUUUCGCGUUUGGCCAUCCGUCUGUCGAAACUCUGAUCGACCGUUUCCAAAGAGGGAUAGCUCUUUCACCCGAGACGGGUACGAGUUCAAACGGGCAGACUGUCGGUGGUGAAGACGGUAUUAGAAGUAAGUAUGAGGAGAGCGUGAGAAGACUGGAGAUGGAAAGGAGGGUGUUGAAGGAAAAGGAGAGUAGCGGUGGAGAGGGGAGGGAAUUCUGGUUCGACGAACCCCUUGAGGGUAUGGAACUGCAUGAACUGGAGGAGUACGUGGAAGCAUUGGAAGAGCUGAGGGAUAACGUUCUUCGUAGAGUGGAGGAGAUUGAGAAACGGAGACCCAGUGCUUUGGCUACUACUGCGUCAUCAUCAAAUCAGUUGGCUAAUUCCCUAAAUCAAGAUGAUGAUCAAGGUUUUGGUUUUGGUUUUGACUUUCCUGCAGCAGGAUUGCCGAUUGAGUUCAACGAUCAAGAUUUUCACGGAGGAAUUAGAAGUUCAGUUGAUGAGGGCUUGAAAGUGGAGAGUGCUGAUGAUGAUCAUCCAUUGAUAUUGGACAGUACUGCUUCAGGUUACUAUAUAUAGUGCAGGAAUUAGUUGAGGUCCUUAGUAGGAUAAAUGUGUGAACAUUAUGCACAACCUUAGUUUUUGUGAACUUGAAUGUCUGAUUAUAUAUAAAAAAACAUAAAUUAAUCUAAAUUCUAUAG